AUGUUUUCCUUUGCAAAGAAGCUCGUGGAUCGGUUUGAAGGUGGAAGCCCUCAGGAUUCUCUCAAUGGUGACUCAUACUUCAAAAAUUGUCUUCAAUUCAACAAUCGUGGAUACGGAUUGAGGGUUGUGAAAGUUGCGCCUCACUCAGCUGCUCAUCAAGCAGGACUUGAACUGUGGUUUGAUUACAUUGUCAAAAUAAACAACCACGAAUUACCUAUGACAAACCCUUAUGUUUCAAAUGUCCAAUAUCUGAUAAAUGAAGAUGGGUCUAUUAACUACGGAGGUCAGGUUACAUCAGAACAAGCAGGCGCGGUGAAUUUUGAUAUCAUUAAUCAAGAGAUUGCCACAUUGGCUGCGCGAAAUCAACCUUUAGUGUUGGACGUGUGGAAUGCAAAAGGAGGCUUGAUUCGUCAAGUAUCUCUUCCUUUAGAAUCAUCGGGCAUGUCUUCGACCGGUGUUACUUUGCAAUCUCAACACUUGAACACAGCCACAUAUGUUUGGCGUAUUCUCGCCACUCAUCAAGGCUCUCCUGCAUUCCACAGUGGUAUGGUUCCUUUUCUGGAUUACAUAAUUGGAUGUGAUUCUACCUAUAAUGAUGACGUUAAUGGUAAAGGAUUACUUACUGCAGGAGGCGAGGCACUCUUGUCUCGUACGGUCUCCAAUUAUUACAACUAUCAUUUUCUGCGAACACUGAACGACAACAUCCCAAUCACUUUUUACGUUUACAAUCAUGACUACGACAUUUUGCGACCGGUGACGGUGAAUUUGAACCGCUCAUGGGGUCACGGUCACAAUCGUGGGAUUCUUGGUUGCGAUGUUGGUUAUGGAUUGUUGCAUAGACUUCCAGAAGUUGUCGGCAAAUUCAAAGCUGAAUCAAUAGUUGAUGACGUUUUGUUCGAUUCGAAACAAAGUCUAGAGUAUCAACCGAAUGAUGGCUCAACCUUCAUGUCUCCACCUCCACCUACAUCGGAGAAAACUUCCACUUAUCUGACUGCGCCACCACCAUUAGGGGCACCCCACGUUGACCAAAGUGGUUCUUCCUCAUUUGUACCUCCUCCUCCGUCAGCUCGGAAGAAAACGAGGCACACUGUGGCAUCGAAGGCCCUGGACAUCGAUAGUUAUAUGGAUGAGGAGACAGAGAAGUCUCUGAAGUUAGAUGGGCAUCCUACGACAGUCGAUGACGCGAAAGUCAUCCCUCCUCCGCCAAAGGCGUAG